ACAAAGCGCUGGAGUGCAGCAGGUGUGAAAGUAAGACUCGUUUCCAAAACGUUUCCUCGGCUUUUCUGCAAGCGAAUCAAGCGGAUCGUGUUGAGGAAUAGAUGUAGAAAAGAAAGAGCUAAAAUGGCCGCCAGUGCGGUCAACUCUCACCGCGUACCCAGUGGUGAUGUGGAUGAAAAAGUGUUAGCUGAUGCCAUUAAGAUGACAAAUAUUGCUGUCAACCUGUGUUUGUCAAACAAGUUCCUUCAAGCACAAGCUAAACUGGAACCAUGGAUAAAUGAAAGCAUGUACCAUGCUCUUGGUUACAGCACCAUCAUGUAUCUCCAGGCUAUGAUGACAUUUGAACCUCAAGCUAUACAGCAAGCAAGUAACAGCAACAAACUUGCUCUAGAUGUGUGUGAACGAUACAGAAGGAAGCACACAUGGACAGAGUCAUUUACCAGCUGGAUUUGGAAUCCAUCCUAUGAUAAUUUAACAGAAGUGGAAAGACAUGCUGAGCUGUGCUAUGCCGAGUGUUUAUUUAUGAGGGCAUUACUCACAUUUAUUCAGGAUGAAAAUCUGGUCAGCUUCAUUCGCGGAGCUCUAAAAAUCAGAAGUGCUUAUCAAACUUACAAGACUUGCCUGGACAUGGUUGCCCAUCAGCCAUCAUCUCUUCAGCAUUCACCCCAAAGAAAGGACUUUGAAGGAGGAGUUCACCUUGGCAUUGGAGGAUUUAAUUUGAUGUUGUCCCUACUUCCUGCAAAGAUAAUCAAGUUGUUAGAGUGGGUUGGUUUUUCAGGAGACAAGUUUUUAGGUCUGGAUCAUUUAGACCAAGGAUGCAGAGACCAGAACUUAAGAUCGCCCAUGUGUGCCAUGGUUCUGCUCGCCUAUCACAGUGUAAUAACUUAUUACCUUGGAAACGGCGAGGGAGACGUCAUGUACGCCGAGGAAAUUCUCCAGCCACAUCUGAAGGCAUUUCCGAAGGGAGCGAUAUUCUUGUACUACGCUGGUCGUAUAAAACAAGUUCAAGGAAAGUUGGAUGAGGCCACCAAAAGCUACAACGACUCAAUUGCAGUUCAGUCUGAAUGGAAACAGUUCCAUCAUAUCUGUUACUGGGAGUUGAUGUGGUGUUAUUCGUAUGAGGGGGACUGGGCCACAGCGUACCACUAUGCAAGUGUUCUUUUGAAGGAAAGCCGCUGGUCACGGACAUCCUACAUGUAUCUUAAAGCUUGCUUCAGAGUUAUGGCGAGAAUUACAAACCUGGAGCUAGCCAGAGAAGACGAUCAAGGUGAAAAGGACACUGAGGAGUAUCUUUUCAGGCGACUUCCGGAAUACAAGCAGCGCAUCGCUGGAAAGUCCGUUCCAUUUGAGAAAUUUUCCAUUCACAAAGCUAACAAGUACCUGGAACAAGGCAACCAUCUAUUUCUUCCUGGCAUGGAACUUAUAUUGCUCUGGAAUGGCUUCAAAGUUCUUCAUCGCAGGCCGGACUUAGUGGAGUCAAUGUUGAAACUUGUCCAAACGUCGCUGGUAGAGUUAGAAGAAACUAAAGGUAAAAAUACAAAUUACAUUGAUGAUUUGUGUCUUGGAUACCUGCUUCAGGGAAUGUGUUACCGUUGUGUGAACAAACCGAAAGAAGCAAUGGAGAGCCUCCUUUAUGCGGUAAACAGAUCAAAGGACCUAGUUAAGGAUUUCUACUUGGCUCCCUUCGCAUGCGCAGAAGUUGGCUUUCUGUACCUAGAGGAGGGAGAUCUUGAUCAAGCCAAAGAAUACCUCAAUAAAACAAGGAAAGACUACGAAAACCAUUUGUUACAAAGCAGACUUCACUUCAGAAUCCACUCAGCGCUUCAAGAAAUCAAACACAGACGCAAGCAGGCGAAAGAAGCAGCUAAAAUGGAAAAAAAGCAAUCCAAACGCUCCAAGAAUGGUGUCACUAACAAUAAUUCCUCAAUAGACGAGGAUUCUAUCAGCAUCUCUCUCGGUGGAUCCGAGAGUCUCUCGCGCCAGGACUCCAACUCGUCCUUUGAGACAGCUCCUGAAUAUUCAUCGGAAGAUGACAGGGACCUGGGAGACAUGGAACGGGAUAGCAGUCCUAAAGAGAAUGUUGUUUUGGAAACCACAGUGUGAAAAUUUUCCGUCUCUUUAAGUUAUUUAAAUUUCCUUUAGUAUCUUUUACGUGGUGUUACAGGAUGAUAAAAAAGCCUCGGUAAUAAAUUUAUUAGUUGUUAAAAAAAACCUAGAUAGAGCCAUACCAAGUCCACUCCAAUGAAGCCAAUGAAGU